GGGGACAGUUCGACGCGUCGCGCGACGGUGUGCAGAAGGGCACCACGAAGAGGAAGCAGUUGCAAAGGGGGGAAUUUAUUGGGAUUUUUUUUUUUAACCAUCCCUCCGAUUUGGCUUUCCCCAAAUAGGCGCACAUUUCUCUCUGCACACAACAUAUAUACCGCGCUGCGGCGCUCCAUCACCGCGUUACCUCACACACACGCUCCUUAACAGCUUUACUUCCCACUUCACUGCCAACCGGAGAAGAUGCCGAAAAUUUCGAUGGUGGGCAGCGGGCAGAUUGGAGCCAUCGUGGGCCAACUGAUUUUGAUGGAAAACAUAGGAGACAUCGUUCUGUACGACGUCAUGCAAGGAGUACCCCAGGGGAAGAGCCUCGAUUUGAAGCACUUCAGCACCAUCGUGGGAGUGAAUAAAAACAUACUGGGUACCAACAACGUGCAGGAUAUCAAAGACUCCGAUGUGAUUGUCAUAACGGCAGGUGUGCAAAGGAAAGAAGGCAUGACGAGAGAAGAUCUAAUAGGAAUAAAUGGAAAAAUUAUGAAGAGUGUUGCCGAGUCGGUGAAGGUACACAGCCCAAAUGCCUUCGUCAUAUGUGUUAGUAACCCCCUUGACAUUAUGGUGAAUGUAUUUCAAAAAUACAGUGGACUUCCUCAUGAACAGAUUUGCGGAAUGGCUGGUAUUUUGGAUACCUCUCGUUUUAGAACUCUCUUAGCAGAAAAGCUAAAAGUGGCUCCGCAGAACGUCAGUCAGGUGUUGUUGGGAGGACAUGGAGAUCUGAUGGUCCCUCUGGAAAGGUACUGCUCCAUUUCAGGUAUCCCCCUAUCCGAAUUUGUAAAAAAGAACCUCAUAUCGAAGGAAGAAAUUAAUGAAAUUGUUAAGCAGACGAGAGAUAUGGGUUCCCAAAUUAUUAAACUCGCUAAAUCGUCUGCCACCUUUGCUCCUGCUGCUGCCAUUGUGAAGAUGAUCAAAUCGUUUUUGUUCAAUGAGAGUCAGCUGUACACUUGUGCCGUUUACCUGAAUGGCCUCUACAACUGCUCCGACUUGUAUGUGGGGACCACGGCCAUUAUCAACAGCAGCGGUGCCAAGCCAAUCGAGUUCGCGCUCACGCAGGAGGAGCAGCAGCUUUACGACAAGUCCAUCGCCUUCGUGCGCGAGCACACGCAGAAGGCCUUCGCGCUCAUCAACUGA